AUGUGGAAACGUAACAGAUUCGUGUUCACGACUAACGAGGUUGUCGACCGGUUUAUUUCUGGUGUAAUAACAGAUUUGAUCUCUGGGGAGAAGGUAGAGGUUCUGUGUGUGUAUGCCUCUAAUAGUAAUAUCGAGAGACGUGUUUUAUGGAGGCGAAUAAUUGAGAUCUCUGCUGGUUGGAGAGGACCGGGUAUGGUCUUUGGUGAUUUUAACACCAUCAGACUCCACUCUGAAGCCUUCGGGGGUGCUCCGAACGUGGAGGAUAUGGAGGAGUUUGACAUGGCUAUUCGAGAGGCGGACCUUGUUGAACCCGCGGUCCAGGAGAACUGGUUUACUUGGACUAGUAAGAGACAUGGGUUGGGUUUGAUGAGGAGACUUGAUCGUAUCCUAGUGAAUGAUGAGGGGCUUAGUACAUGGCCUAACAUGUGGGUUAACGUCCUCCCGUGGGGUAUUUCUGAUCAUUCUUCCAUACUUGUCUAUCCCAGUAAUCAGCGAAGCCAACAAGUGGUCUCUUUUCGUUUCUUUAACCAUUGGGUUGAAGAAGCGUCCUUUAUGGAUGUUGUGUCCUCUGCUUGGACCAAAGAUACUAGAGUUUCUCCAAUUGUGAAUAGUGUAAGGAACUUAAGAAAUCUCAAGUCGAUUCUUCGCAGACAUUUUGGUAGGCAUAUUCGAACCAUCAGUGAGGAUGUUCGUCUUGCCAAUGACACCAUGGUCCGAGCUUAA